AUGUCCCCGAAGGACACAAGAAAGCCCAUGGCCAGCGGAUACCACCCCCCAGCAGUCGAGGCAGCAUGGUACGCCUGGUGGAUCAAGGCCGGCUUCUUCAAACCCAGGCUCACCCCACAGGGCGAACCCCUGCCCGCCGGAACAUUCGUCAUCCCCGCACCCCCACCCAACGUCACCGGAAGCCUGCACAUCGGACACGCACUCACCAUCGCCAUCCAGGACACCCUCAUCCGCUGGAACAGAAUGCUCGGAAAGACCGUGCUCUUCAACCCCGGAUUCGACCAUGCCGGCAUAUCCACCCAGUCCGUCGUCGAGAAGCGUCUGUUCAAGGCCAGCGGACAGACCAGGCACGACCUCGGCAGGGAGAACUUCCUCGGAACCGUCUUCUCGUGGAAGGACGAAUACCAGGCCCGGAUCACUAACCAACUCAACCGGCUCGGCGCAUCCUACGACUGGGACAGGGCCCGGUUCACCAUGGACCCGCAACUCUCCCGCGCCGUCAACGAGGCGUUCGUCCGGCUCCACGACGAAGGCAUCAUCUACCGAUCAAACCGGCUCGUCAACUGGUGUGUCCGACUCAACACGGCACUCUCAAACGAAGAGAUGGAAAUCAAGGGCCGCACCAUGCUCACCGUCCCCGGCUACGACGUCCGCGAAAAGUUCGAGUUCGGCGUCAUGGUCUACUUCGCCUGGGAGAUCGAAGGCACAGACGAGCGCAUCACCGUCGGAACCACUCGGCCCGAGACGAUGCUCGGAGAUGUGGCGAUCGCCGUGCACCCGGACGACGCCCGAUACAAACAUCUGAUCGGCAGGCGGCCCCUGCAUCCGUUGAUCCCCAGCCGACGGAUGGUCAUCGUGGCCGACCUGAUCGCCGACCCAGCCAAGGGAACGGGCGCGGUCAAGAUCACGCCGGCCCACUCGUUCGAGGACUACGAGGUCGGCCUGCGCCAUCAGCUCGACAUGAUCAACGUCCUCAACGACGACGGCACCAUGAACGCCAACGCAGGCCCCGACUUCCAAGGCAUGAAACGCUUCGACGCCCGCAAGAAAGUCGUCGAGGCCUUGAAGACCAAAGGCCUCUGGAUCGAGACCAAGGAUAACGGGCUCAUGCAGAUCCCCGUCUGCUCCAAGUCCGGCGACUUCAUCGAGCCGCUCAUCAAGCCCCAAUGGUGGCUCAACUGCAAAGAGCUCUCCCAAGAAACCCUCAAGCGAGCUAGAGCCGGCGAGAUCAAGAUCGCGCCCAAGGCGACCGAAAAGGAGUGGUACAGCUGGCUGGAGGGCAUGCGGGACUGGUGUAUCUCCCGCCAACUUUGGUGGGGCCACCGCUGUCCGGCGUACUUCAUCAACCUCGAGGGCCACACCCAAGACGAGACCGACGGCCAGUAUUGGGUCGCCGGACGGACGAUGGAAGAGGCCCAGACCAAGGCCCAGAAACGGUUCCCUGACCAAGCUUUCACUCUGCGUCAAGACGAGGACGUGCUUGAUACGUGGUUUUCCUCUGGAUUAUGGCCGUUUUCGAUCAUGGGAUGGCCGGACAAGACGCCGGACCUGGAGAAGUUCUACCCCUCAUCGCUGCUGGAGACGGGCUGGGACAUCAUCUUUUUCUGGGUGGCGAAGAUGACGAUCCUCGGGGUCAAGCUAACGGGGCAGAUGCCGUUCAAGGAGGUGUUCUGUCACGCGAUGAUCCGGGAUGCGCACGGACGGAAGAUGUCGAAGAGCAAGGGGAACGUGAUCGACCCGAUCGACGUCAUCGACGGCGUCUCCCUCGAAGCCCUUGCCGCCCAGCUACAGGCCGGUAACCUCGACCCCAAAGAGCUCAAGACUGCGCUCGCCGGCCAGAAAGCUGACUUUGGUAAAACUAACGGCAUCCCGCCCUGCGGCGCCGACGCCCUCCGCUUCGCGCUCUGCGCCUACACCUCCUCUGGCCGCUCGAUCAACCUCGACGUCCUUCGCGUCGAAGGUUACCGCAAAUUCUGUAACAAGCUCUGGAACGCGACCAAGUUCGCUCUACUCAAGCUGGAUGACGGCUUCACGCCUCGCUCCUCAGCCGCCCCGGGUGGCAAGGAAAGCUUGGUCGAGAAGUGGAUCCUCCAUAAGCUCAACGAGUGCAGCCUCAAUGUCAACAAGGCGCUCGAAGACCGUUCGUUCAUGGCCGCCACCUCCGCCGUCCACGAAUUCUGGCUCUACGACCUAUGUGACGUCUACAUUGAAGCGAUGAAGCCGAUGACCGCGCCGGAGACGCCGUCGGAGGUCAAGGAGUCGGCGCAAAACACGCUGUACACGUGUCUCGACGAAGGGCUGCGCUUGCUCCACCCGUUCAUGCCGUUUGUGACCGAGGAGCUGUGGCAACGACUGCCCCGACGGCCCGAGGACCCUACGCCGUCGAUCUGCGUCGCCGCCUUCCCCGUCCCCCGGCCGGCCUUCGAGGCCCCCCAGGCCUUGGAGUCCUUCGAGAUCGUGUUUGCAGCCGUCAAGGCGGUCCGGUCGAUUGCUGCGCCGUACGGCCUACGCACCAACCUCCAAGUCACCGUUUGCGCGCGCGAGCAGGACAUCGCCGCCCUGCUCGAAACACAGAUCCCGACUAUCCAGACCCUCAUCAAGGGAUGCACGGCCGUCGUCAUCGUCACUGACGCCAAGGACAUCCCGGCGGGCUGUCUAGCCGAGUCGAUCAACAGCAACGUCUCCGCCCACCUGCUCGUCGCCGGCGUGCUUAACCUCCAAAACGAAAUCGAAAAGGCCCACAAACGGAUCGUCGCCGUCCAACUGUCGCUCGAUAAGCUCGAGAAACAGAUGCAGAUAGCCGAGUACGAGACCAAGAUCCCGGCCGACGUCCAAGACUCCAACGCCAAAACGUUGUUGAACUACAAGAAGGAGAUCGACACGCUGCAGGCCCAGAUCGCCAGUUUCUCAGCCAUGCAGAAAUAG